GAAGAGGGAGAGGGAAAAACAGAACAAGAGAGAGAGAGUUGGUCCCUGUGGAGUUUAGGAGACACAGAGGGACACAGAGGCUGUAUAAGUUAGAGCAACAAUGAGCAAUCUACCGUUCAACAUAUCCUCAUUCCUGUCUGCUCAGGAUGCCCCGCCAUCCAACCUGUCCCUGCUCGUCAACUCCACGACCCCGGUGCUCCCCAUGACAACCCAUGACCCCCUGCCCAUCAUCAUCAUCGCUGCCUGCCUCUUCCUCCUCUUUGGCGGCUGCAUUGCCUUCCUGGCCGUCUGCUGCUCUGGCGAUCCACCGGACGGGGGUUGCGAGUCCGGCUGCAGCCCAGCCGAGGGCCUCUCCUGUGGGACGCCUCGGUCCAGCGAGCCCCAGCUCAAGCUGUGGAAGCGCCUGGGCUCGAUGCGUCGCUCUGUUUCUUCCUCCUCCUCCUCUUCCUCGGUGCGAAGGAGCACCCCGCAGAGGCGCUCGCCACCGCCGAUAUCGGCACCCCUCAUCAUGGUGACACCCCCCACUGCCACGGCGACCACGCCUCAGAGGCACAACCUGCCCCCCCAUAUUGCCAUGCCCUGCCUGUUGCAGUACGCCACCGAAAUUUGACCUGAAAUACCUGUGGCCAAAGCGGGACCCAACUUAGCCAUCUAACCACUACAGAUAAUGACCAUUAAAUGACCAUCCAACAUGAGUCCUUGAAUUUCCCCUUGGGGAUCAAUAAAGUAUCU